AUGAUUUCAUUAAAAUACGAAAUUGCUGAAACUUUCGAAAUCAAGGAAGAGAUCAUUCAAGAUCAAGUGACAAUUACAGUCCAGAAACGGAAUAAAACAAACAAGUCAACAUCUUGUACUGUAAAUAAAAAAGAAGAUGAUAUGUUGGAUUUUAAGCCCAAACUUGAGACUCUAAAGAAGCAAGAAAUUGAAGAAUCAGAGCAAGAAAAGAAGCACACAUGCAAAAAAUGUGAUCAAACCAAUAAACAUAUACAGAUCAAAAGUGAGUCAACGAAAUCAACACAAAGAGAGGAUGAUGGGGCAUCUUUUUUUACGGAUAUUUCUUCUGGCAAUAAGUCUGAUGCCAAGACUUUAAUUGAAUACGAAAUCGAUGAAACUCUUGAAAUCAAGGAAGAGAUCAUCCAAGAUAUGGAGACAAUUACCAGCAACCAACAUGAUCCAGCAUAUGAGUCAAAGUUGUGUACUGUAGAUGUAAGCAACAAUGAGAUUUUAGAUGUCAAGUGCGAACCGUGGACCCCAGAGAAGCACGAAAUUCCAGAAUCAAAACAGGAAAUUAAGUACUCAUGCAAAAAGUGUGGGAAAACCUAUUCCCAGAAUAAACCUUUGAAAAGUCACCAAAAAUUCGAAUGCAGUAUUAAGCCACAGUUCAAAUGUGAAUUAUGUGACAAACAAUUCAAACAGAAGCAACACAUGAAUGUCCAUGUAGAUCACGUGCAUCAGAAAUCAAACUCGAAGAAAUCGGUAUUAAUCCAUAAAUGCGACAAAUGUCCUCGAAGUUAUACUCGGAUACAUGCCUUAAGUUUACCCAAACGUUUUAAACAUGCAGAAACAAUUCCACAGUUUAUUUGUGAUUUGUGCGGAUACGAAUCGAAUACGAAAGGUAUCUUGGUAAGACACAUGACUGCAUGCCACUCACAGUCAUCGAAAACCAGACAUAAAUGCGACAAAUGUAUGCGUACAUACAAAUGGCUGACAGGCUUAACUCGGCACAAAAUUUUAGUGCAUGCAGUAGACAAGCCAGAAUUUAAUUGCGAUUUUUGCGAAUACAAGUCAAAUGCGAAAUAUAACUUGGUAAGACACGUGACUUCAUGCCACUCACAGGCAUCGAAAAGCAGUUAUAAAUGCAAAGAAUGUGCGCGAACUUACAAUUGGCCUACUCAUUUAGCUCGACACAUACGUUUAGUGCAUGCGACAGUAAAACCAAAUUUUUUUUGCGAUUUUUGCGGAUAUAAAUUUAAUAGAAAAUGUACCUUGGUGAAGCACAUGACUUCACGCCACUCACAGAUAUCAAAAUCUAUGUACACAUGCGACAAAUGCUCGCGAAGUUAUCGCUCAUUAGGUGGUUUCUACGAGCAUAUACGUUUAAAACACGCAGCAGUUGUACCGGAAUUUACUUGUGAUAUUUGUUAUUUUAAAACUAAACGUAAACGUCACUUAUCAAAACAUAUGACCACAAAACAUCUUAGUAAGUAAUAAUUGUUAUGCGUUUGAAAUUCUAAUCCUUGGUACAUUUCUCAUACUAGUUGAAAAAAUUAUUUUAUGUAUUAAAUUAAACGCUUAGAUACCUUAAAUUACUUUUUAUAAAAUUGACUACAUAAUAUAUAAUUUCCCUUUCUGAAAUUUCAAAUCCGUUGAUUUACUAGAGUUACAAGGAUCAUAAAUAUUAAAUAUUUUUUAUUUAAAUUUGAAGUUUUUCUUAUUCUGUCUAUACAAGAUUCUAUUUUAUUAAUGUUACAGAAUAAUCAUUCUGGUCUAAAAAUAUUAAUAGUCAGUAAAAAUAAAAAAUUAGAGAAUAUUAAAAAUGAAGUUUCGCGACCAUCCUUAUAAAGUCCACCUUCACGGAAUGGGCUUCCCCGCCACUGUACACGUUCUCGAGCGUGCACGAAUUUCAGCAGCCCUUUCUCAAUAGUGCCGCGCUGCAAUUAAUAAAUCGUUCCAGAAUAAAAGGGUAAAUUCGUAUAACUUUCACGCGGCAUUAUUGAGAAAGGCAGAUCCGAACUUUAGGCAAGUAAUGAAAAGCAAAGGAGUAGGGGUAGGGGUCGGCUCAGAUUAAAAUUAGCAGCACUAUUGAGAGCGGCAUUUUUGAGAGGUGGACUGUAUAAAAUAAUUUGUUACCAUACGUUUUGUUUAUUUGGUUUAAAUAUGUAAAUGAGAUAUUGUAGAUUUAUGACCAUUUUCUUUUCGAGUUGCAAGUAAGUGUUCAGAAUUGAAUAAGGAUAUUAAAGAUGUGGGUUGCCACUGUUUACCUUUUCUGAGGAAAGACUUGGUUGAGCGUGUAUCACAAACAAUUUAAUUUAAUUAUCAUCUUUAUAUAAUACUUUAUUUAUGAACUUUAGAGAUUGAUGAAUGUAUUAU